UCUUUUGAAAGUUCCAUCUUAUUCACUUAAGGAAAUUUUUCAUAAAAUGUGGAAGCAAAACCUUUUCACAAUUUUCCUAUAUGGAGUCAUAAUUUUUAAUGCUGCAAUGGUAUUACUAAAACAUAUUUACCACAGGCGCACUUCAUUGCUGCUCACAUGUGAAAAUUCAGACAGCAAUCUUGGCAUGUCUGCUGAACAGUGUCCUCUGAAAGCUCUAUCGAGUCACUGCACUCAAAGAGUAUUGGACGGUGUGAACAUGAGCCAAGGGCUUGUUCUUGGAAAGGAAAGAAAACAGAAAGUUUUCCUCACUCUUGGCAUUGUUGCAACGAAAGGCGAAGAGAGCAACCUGAUACAAGCUCUCUAUUCCUUGAAAAAGCAUAUCUCAAUAGAUGAGCAUGUCGACAUCGUGUUCGCUGUGGUUUCCGAAGGAGAUUCAAAAUCACUUCUCUUACAGCGCAUAAAAAGCGAAUUCGAACACGAAGUGGACAAAGGUCUCAUUCAGGUCUUACAUCCCACGGAUAAAUUUAAUGAGGCAGUCAACAUAGAACCCCUGGGAUGGGGUGAUUUGACAUUAACAGAGGAUUUUAAAAAGACUACAAUGGCCUUCAACAAAAGACUCUGUUUCCUUCUCGAGUACUGCUUUCGUUCGUCUAAACACUGCUUACUUUUGACCGAUCAAGCCCGUGCUUUGAAACCUUAUUUGUCAGUAAUCAAGGAAGUUGUAAACAGAAUUGAAGAGAAAAACCGUACACUUUACGCACAUGAUUUCGGAGAAAGGUCGCUGCCUUCCUUAGGGCGGCUUUAUUCGGAGGCUUUAGUUGGCGAUUUGGCUGAAUAUGCGGCUCUUUUCCCAGGGGGUCGUUUCCCUCAAUCAAUCAUAGAUCUCUUUGCAGCUCUGAGGGUUUCCAGUUCAUCAACAUCUCAGACAGGUGGUCAGUUCCUUUUUAAACUGGCUGCAGAGCCACGCGGUGCAAAACCAAGGGCUGAGUUUGACACAACUGUCGAGUGUGAGAAAGGUCAUGAAAUAGAGAAAGCUUUCAUUCAAGAAAGCUUUGCUUGGCUCCGGACACCGAAAAAGGAUGAUAAAGUUAUUGUGAAAUUCGGAAAACCUUUUGCAAUAUCGCGUGUGCUUGUAACCACUGGAAGUCCUUUUUACAGAGAUAUUAUGAUCAACAGCGAACUCCUCUUGUGCGCUAAUGAUAUGGAAACAAACACGUGCGAUGAAUCACAGUGUAAGGCAGUUGGGUCCUUCGCAGAUCCCAUUUUAGAUGUUAGAAACCUGGAAACUGUCGUGAGCUUUCCAGUAAAAUGCUUAAAAAUUUAUUUUACUGCGGACGCUAAGCAAUGGGUUAUGAUUCGAGAGAUUUCAGUUUGGCCAAGAGAAUAGGAAUAACAACUUGG